AUGAUGGCAAACCCCAAGACCAUCGGUAUCUGCAUCUUCCUCUUCCUCGCCUCAGCACUCAUCACCCUCAGCAUCAAGCAGACUCACCAUAAGAUCCAGUUCCUACCUACACAUCACAAAGGAGUCAAGGCAGUCACAACAACCCAGCAACAGAUCCUGAAAACUCACAAAGUCGCCUAUGCAACCUUCCUAGCAGCUAACGCCAACCCAAGCCAAAAAGAGACGGACGAAGAAUCCGCCGCCAUCGACGACGCAGACGAUGGCUACUUCGUCUCCACACGUGUGUUGGCCUACACCCUCCUCCACUCCAAAUCCGCCGGCUCAAACAACAGCAUCGACUUCCUAGUCCUCUGCACCCGCGACGUCUCCAAGCGUAAACGUGACCGCCUAAAGCAGGACGGCGCAACAAUCAUCCUCGUCGAAAAGCUAAAGUCCGACUGGGUCAACACAGGCAUCGCACGCUGGGCCGACAUGCUCGCCAAACUCCGCCUCUUCCAGCUCACCGACUACGCCAAAAUCUGCUACAUCGACGCUGACACCCUCGUCACCGGGCCCUUGGACGGCGUCUUCUUCGACGAAGCAACCCUCACACAAGCCACCCUCCCGAAUCCGGCGGAAAUCAAAGACGACGAAUCCCCCCUGCCCCGAACCUACAUGUUCGCCGCCCACGCCGACUACUGGGGCUACGACCACCCCUUCCCGCCUCCCGCAGACAUGAACUACCUCAACUGCGGCUUCUUCGUCCUCACGCCCUCCCUCAUGCUCUUCGACUACUACAUGUCCGUGCUCAACAUCCCCGGCCGCUUCGACCCCGGCUUCAUGGAGCAGAACCUCCUCAACUACGCGCAUCGUCGGGAGGGGAACAUGCCAUGGAAGCCGCUGUGGUAUGGUUGGAACGUCAACUGGGCGACGGAGAAGGACUGGAGGGGUGGAGGGAGGAGUUUCCAUGCGAAGUUUUGGGAUAGUGACCCUAGUCAUGAUCCGGUGUUGAAGGGGUUGUGGAAAGAGAAGAGGGCAGAGAUGGAGGGCUUUUUUCGCGGGAGGGAUGGGCUUUGA